AUGGAGCUCUUCUCGGAGGUCAGCGGGUCUUCCCUUGCUAUCGCGUCUGCCCUGUCUGUGGCGGCAGGCGCAUAUCUCAAUGCCAAAUAUUCCAUUGCCAGCGACCUUUCGGCCCUCUACAAAGAUCGAUCAUUUACGAACCGUUUGGGGCAACGCAUCGCGCAACUUGGCGAUACAGCCACCAUCUACAAGAUGCUUGAACGGGUGAUCGAAGUAGAUGGCCAUGGCGCGGAUGAGGCACUUUGGUUUGAGAACAAGACAUGGACAUAUGCACAGUUGAAGGAGUUGGUCGAUCGAUUCGCUGCUCUUCUUCAUGCUAGACACAUCGGUCCAGGAGACUUUGUAGCCGUCUUCACUACCAAUUCGCCUGAGAUGGUCGUGACGAUCUACGCACUCUCUAAACUGGGAGCCGUUGCUGCCCUCAUCAACACAAAUCUUCGAGACGAUACCUUCACCCAUUGCCUCAGUGUCUCCGGCAGUAAAUCUAUUAUCUCCACACCCGACUUAUCGCAAUAUGUAUGCUCGGAUCUACCUCAUCUCGCCUUCAAUUUGACUUCCUUUGUUGGGGGUUUCCCUGGUACAGCAGAACUUGUCACAUCAGCAGACCUACAGCAAUUUUCGCCGUUGGGGCUGCCUGCUGCUAAGAGAUCCCCUAGCGACCUGAGCGCGCUUAUUUACACCUCAGGCACCACAGGCAAACCGAAAGCCUGCGCCAUCCGCAACAUGAUGGGACUGAUCACAUCCAAUCCUCAGACGGUUGACAUCAACAACCGCUCCAAGUACUAUCCUCUGCGUACAUACUCGUCUCUUCCUCUCUUCCACGGCACAGCUUACUUUACUGGUAUCUGUUAUUCGGUGGGAAAUGCCGGUACGCUCUGUCUCCGCCGCAAAUUCUCCGCUUCACAAUUCUGGAAGGACGUGCAUGAUUCUCGAGCAACACGCAUUCUCUAUAUUGGUGAACUAUGCCGGUAUCUUCUAUCGACAUCUCCUUCCGCUUACGACCGUAAUCAUGCCUGCAUUGUUGCCAAUGGUAACGGACUUCGCGGAGAAAUCUGGGAACGCUUCCGCCAACGCUUCGGAGUGCCCCAGAUUCGCGAGUUCUAUAGAUCAACAGAGGGCGUGGCCAAAUUCGACAACUUCGGGGAGGGCGCCUGGGCCGCAGGCAAGGUUGGGCAUUCAGGCUUCAUCAAGCGUUUCAUGGAGAACGAUACAUACAUCGUCAAGUACGACACCGAGACGGAUAUGCCCUAUCGAGAUCCCAAGACAGGCUUCUGUGUGAAAGCCAAACUGGGAGAGGAGGGAGAGGCGAUAGGACGAGUUAAGAGCCGCGGCCUCCUCACAGAGUACCUGCACAAUGAGGAAGCAACGGAGAAGAAAUUGCUCCGUGACGUGUUCGAGAAAGGUGAUUUGUUUCAACGCACCGGAGACUUAGUGGUUCGGGAUCAUGAUGGUUGGGUAAAGUUCCAGGACCGCGUGGGUGAUACGUUCCGCUGGAAGGGCGAGAAUGUCAGUGCGGGUGAGAUUCGAGAUCAUAUCUGCCGGCUGCCAGCCAUCCAGGAUGCUGUGGUUUAUGGUGUGAAACUAAGCGCUUAUGACGGCCAAGCUGGUGCUGCGGGCAUUACCCUUGAAGAUGCUUCCCCGGCCACGGAGAAAGAAGUCAUGGCCAACCUCUAUCCUGAGUUGAAGAAGAGAGGUGUGCCAUCUUAUGCCUUUCCCCGUCUCAUUCGACUCACAGAGAAGGUGGAAACCGGAGUUACAUUCAAGCAAGCCAAGGGAGCUCUGACCAAGAAAGGGUGGGACCCGCGCACUGACUGGGAGGGCGAUAAGCUGUACUGGUUGGAUGGCACACAGUACAAGAAGCUGGAUGAGAAGAGCUGGUCAUCAAUAGAAAGUGGACAGGCGAAGCUGUGA